AUGGCAGUGCCCAUCAGUUCUGAAGGUUUUUAUCUGAUGAGGCAAAAGACUUGCAAGAAGACGAGGAAAAAAGUAAAAAGAUCCCGAUCAAGGGAGAAGAAGCCCCUUGAUUUCUGUUGUGGUAAAUGGGCUCAUUUUGGAGUUCCCAUGCUUGUCUCUGCUGGCGAUGAUGCGAAGUUGUUUGCCUACUCUGCAAAAGAUUUUACUAGGUUCUUCCCACAUGAUAUUUGCCCUGCACCUCAGAGAGUUCCAAUACAACUGGUCACUAGCACAAGGUUCAAUCAGACUUCUUUUCUACUGGUUCAAGCAUCUUGUUGGUUAGAUGUGCUCACUGUUCAAGUUCCUGAUGUGGGUUCUGGUCCCUAUGGGGAGCUUUUUGGUUAUUCUGACCACAUUAGAUCCAAUCUAUUUGCACUAAGGAGGCAAGCUGGCCAAAGUACAUGGACCAUUAGUAAAAGGCAACUUCCUCAGAACCUUCCAUCUGCACAUUCUAUGGUUUUUACCUCUGAUGGAUCACGGUUGCUGAUAGCAGGGCAUGAUAGAAAGAUCUAUGUAAGCUGGCUUUCUUAUUGUGGAUUUGGAGAGCUCGAAACUACUGGAUACCUUCAUACCUUGUUGUCAGGGGCACGAGAAGGAAGGGGACCCCCUGGUGGUGAGCCUCCUAUUACUAAAAUGUUCACAAGUUCUGAUGACAAGUGGUUAGCUGCUAUCAACUACUUUGGAGAUAUAUAUUUAUUCAAUCUGGAGAUACCAAGGCAACACUGGUGUAUAUCAAGAUUGGAUGGCACCUCUGUUACUGCUGGUGGCUUUCCUCAGAAUAAUAACAUGCUUAUUAUCACAACAUCUUCAAACCAAUUCUACAUAUUUGAUGUGGAAGCUAGACAAUUGGGAGAAUGGGCAAUGUGCUCAAUCGAUUUUGUUCAGGCAGUAGAUGAAGACAAUGAAAGUGAAUUGGUUCAUGAAGCCUUGUUGAAUCUUCAAGGUUCUCUCACAAAAACGAAAUGGAAACGUUUGUUGAGUGAUGGUCGUCAAAAAGAGUCUAAACAGACCGGUUGA